CCCCACCCCCCCUCCCCCCACCAUAUUUCUUUUGUCAUUCUUUUCACGAAGAAUAAUAGAAGGCGAAGGCGUGAGAAGGGAAAAGAUUUAUUUGUUGAUAGGGUUUAUAGGAUCUCGGAGAUUUGGGAUGGCGGAGAUUUGCUGUGAAACAGAGGCGAUGGCCGUCGCCGACGCCGCCUGCGAGCCGAGGUCCCGGGCCGCGAGGCGGCGAAGGAUGGAGAUCCGGCGGUUCAAGUUCAUCGCCAGCUCGGAGGAGGUGGCGCUGGUGGACGAGGAGCUGAGCCGCAAGAGGCGGAGACUGCACUGCUCCUCCUCGCCGAAGGCUUUGCGGAAGGAUCUCGACGAGGGCGCCGUGGAGGAGCGAUCGGACCGCCGUAACCGAACCGAGAACACGUUGAGUUCAGACGCGGACGCGAGCUCCGGACCGGAGGCUCCACAGGCGAAAGCGGUGGGAUCGGUACCGUCCGAUCUGGGCCCGAGGUAUGUUGCCGUGGGAUCGGGCCCAUCCGAUCUGUGCCCGAGAUACGGGAUGACCACCGUUCGCGGCCGGAGGAGAGAAAUGGAAGACGCCGUAUCCAUGCGCCCCGAUUUCCUCCGGCGCUGUGAUCUUUACGAUAGAAACCAUUUCUUUGGUGUCUACGACGGCCACGGAUGCUCGCACGUGGCGGCGUCGUGCAAAGAUCGGAUGCACGAGAUAGUAGCAGAGGAGACAGAGAAGAUGCGAUCGGGUCCUCCACCGGUGGAGGAGUGGAGGGAGGUGAUGGAGCGGAGCUUCGCAAGGAUGGACGCGGAGGCGGUGGCGUGGUGCGGCGGCGGCCCGCGGGAGCCGCCCAGCUGCCGGUGCGAGCUGCAGACCCCCAGGUGCGACCACGUGGGGUCCACCGCGGUUGUGGCCAUCGUGGAACCCACCCGCAUCGUGGUCGCCAACUGCGGCGACUCACGCGCCGUCCUCUGCCGCAACGGCGUCCCGAUCCCCCUCUCCUCCGACCACAAGCCGGAUCGACCGGACGAGCUGGAGCGGAUCCAGGUGGCGGGCGGGCGGGUGAUCUACUGGGAGGGGGCGAGGGUUCUCGGGGUGCUCGCCAUGUCGCGAGCCAUCGGGGAUAGCUACCUGAAGCCGUACGUGAUAUCGGAACCGGAGGUGAGCGUGACGCUUAGGGAGGAGGGGGACGAGUGCCUGAUCCUGGCGAGCGACGGGCUGUGGGACGUGGUCAACAACGAGACAGCGUGCGACAUCGCCCGGAUGUGCCUGCGGAGCGCCGCACCGGCGGCGGCUGCGGCUGAGGAGGGGAGGUAUAUGGAGGAUAAGGCCUGCUCCAACGCGGCGAUGCUGCUGACGAAGCUGGCGCUGGCGAGGCAGAGCGCGGAUAAUAUCAGCGUCGUCGUGAUCGAUCUCAGGAGGAGGAACUCGUACUAGACGGUGGCCAUCGGUAUGGGCGAAGAAUGCGAGUAUUUUAGAUUUUUUGUUUUGUUUUUUUUUUUUGGUGCUGUUUUAGAUGUUAUUAUUGGUUCCACCGGAUUGAUUUGAAAGUUGAGGAAUCCAUGGGGAGAUGAAAAGAGAGACAAAAGGAAAGAUGAAUAUCAAGAGACCUCAGAGGUGGAGGAGAAGAAUAGGUAGCGCCCUGUUUUAUGGGGUUGGCUAAUGGAGUGAAAUCCAAUUUCUUCGAGUUUUUCUUUUUUUUUUUGCAUAGAAAGGAGACUGGUCACGGGUUCAACAACUGGGGCAAUUUGUCUGGGUGUAAAGUUUAUAAAAUUGUCUAAAAUAUGAUUAAAAAAUGAAAUAACUAUUAUUCAUUAAAAUAUAGUUACUUAAUCAUGGAUUUUGCAAGAAAUGGCUGAUUUCUGUUUUUGUGUGGCAAAACAAACAAUAUCGCUUUCCUGGCAAAUCUUCUCUUUGAUCCAAGUGUCAGAUGGGUUGGUUAUAUAGACUUUACGUAUCUGACAUUAAAAAGGAUGUAUCAGGUGUUUGGUAAAUUUAUUUAGUGUAUUUUAAAUGUGUUCGGUAAAUAUGAAACAAUCAUUCAAUAAUGUAUCGCCUGCCUUGUUUAAGUUCAGGGAUGAUCAUCCUGGGAUUACUUAGACCCUGAGAAAAAAUUAUCUGACAUUUCUUGAUGUUUCCGCUAGAAAAAGUGCAAUUGUCCUGCCAGAUCAGUAAUAAAAUGUAUUUAUCAAAAUCACAUAAAUGUAAGAUUAUUAUGAU